AUGGCUGACAGUGGCAGAACGCCUCAGGCCCGGGCCCUCCUGCAGCAGUGCCUGCACGCCCGGCUGCAAGUACGCCCGGCCGAGGGGGACGUCGAGGCCGAAUGGGUGGAGGUUCAAAGAGGAUUAGUGAUCUACGUGUGCUUUUUCAAGGGAGCUGAUAAAGAACUUCUUCCCAAAAUGGUUAAUACACUGUUAAAUGUGAAAUUAAGUGAAACAGAAAAUGGCAAGCACGUCUCUAUAUUGGAUCUACCUGGCAACAUUCUUAUCAUCCCUCAAGCCACCCUUGGGGGUAGAGUAAAAGGAAGAAGCAUGCAGUAUCACUGUAACUCUGGAAAAGAAGAGGGAUUAGAACUUUAUUCCCAAUUUGUGAAUCUCUGUAAAAAAGAAUUAGCUGCUAAUAGCAAGUGUGCUGAAGCUGGGGUUGUCGUGAAACACGGUACUUAUGGCAAUAGGCAGGUGUUAAAACUCGACACCAAUGGACCGUACACACACCUAAUUGAGUUUUAA